AUGUCUGACCUCGACUUUGAAACCCCAGAUCCAAAUCUGAAGUCCAUCAUCACUCACGACACCCUGAAAUGGAUCUUUGUGGGUGGUAAAGGUGGUGUUGGUAAGACAACCUCUUCGUCCUCGAUCUCUAUCCAGCUGGCGUUGAACAACCCAAACAAGCAGUACCUGUUGAUCUCCACUGACCCUGCUCAUAACUUGUCGGAUGCCUUUGGUGAGAAGUUCGGCAAGGAUGCUAGAAAAGUCACUGGUAUGGAUAACUUGUCGUGUAUGGAGAUUGACCCAACAUCGACCAUUGAGGAUUUGAGUGCGGACGUUGAUAUGGAUGGCAAUAACCCACUGAAGGGGAUGAUGGCUGAUUUGACCUCCAGUAUCCCAGGUAUAGACGAGGCGUUGUCGUUCAUGGAAGUGAUCAAGCAUAUCAAGAACCAGAACAGCACAGAGAAGGCUGAGAUCUCCUACGACACAAUCAUCUUUGAUACUGCGCCAACUGGCCAUACGCUGAGAUUCCUACAAUUGCCACAGACCUUUUCAAAGCUACUGGCCAAGUUCGAUGAGCUUGCUGGCCAGUUUGGUGGGCUUUUGGGCUCAAUGGGUGGUGUUGAUACGAAUAGCAUGAUGAAUAAGAUGACGGAGCUGAAAGAACUGACCAAAUUGAUCAAUGAACAAUUCACUGAUCCAGAUGUCACAACUUUUGUCGUUGUCUGUAUUGCUGAAUUCCUCUCGCUUUAUGAAUCUGAGAGAUUGAUUCAGGAGUUGAACUCUUAUGGUAUCGACGUCAACACAAUCAUUGUAAAUCAGCUGCUUUUCACACAGAAAGAGGAUCCUUGCAAAAGAUGCCAGGCUAGAUCCAAAAUGCAGAACAAAUACCUCGGGGAGAUGGAUGAACUAUACGAGGACUUCCACCUUGUUAAGAUGCCAUUGGUGAACACUGAGGUUAGAGGCUUGGAAAAAUUGACAAAGUUCUCAAAGUUCCUGGUCGAACCUUACGUUCCAGGUGGAUCAGUUGACUUAGAUUAA